AUGUUGGGGAAUUACACUAGUGUCACCGAAUUGUAUGUUGUUGGCUUCCCUGGCUCUGAAGAGCUCCACCACAUCCUCUUUGCUGUCUUCUGCUUCUUCUACUUAGUGACAUUGAUGGGAAACUGGGUCAUCAUUGUGAUCUGUGUUGAUAAAUGUCUGCCGUCCCCCAUGUAUUUUUUCCUCAUUCACCUCUCUGUCGUGGAGAUCCUAGUCACAACCGUCAUUGUCCCUGUGAUGCUUUGGGGGCUGCUGCUCCCUAGGAUGCAGACGAUAUCUCUGGCUGGAUGUAUUGCCCAGCUCUUCCUGCAACUUGCUCUGGGGACCACGGAGUUUUUGCUGCUUGGAGCCAUGGCUGUGGACCAUUAUGUAGCUGUCUGCAACCCUUUGAGAUACAGCGUCAUCAUGAGCAGUGGCACCUGCAACUCUGUGGUGGUCGUGUCAUGGGUGUUUGGAUUCCUUUUUCAAAUUUGGCCAGUGUAUGCCACAUUUCACCUCACCUUCUGCAAAUCAAAUAUGGUGAACAAUCCCUUCUGUGACCGAGCACAGUAGCUCAAACUAUCCUGUAGCAAUACUGUUUUCAUAGAGUUUAUUCUCUUCUUAAUGGCUGUUUUUGUUCUUUUUGGUUCUCUGAUCCCCACAAUUGUCUCCUACACCUACAUCUCCACCAUCCUGAAGAUCCUCUCAGCCUCUGGCUGGAGGACAGCCUUCACCACCUGCGCCUCCCACUUCACCUGUGUUGUCAUUGGCUAUGGGAGCUGCUUCUUCCUCUACGUGAAACCCAAGCAGACACAGGCAGCUGAGUACAACAGGGUCGUUUCCCUGAUAAUCUCGAUCGUGACUCCUUUCCUGAACCCUUUCACCCUCACCCUCUGAAAUGACAAAGUCAUAGAGGCCCUUCGGGAUGGAGUGAAGCGCUGCUGUCAGUUACUCAAGACCUAG